AUGGAAAACGAAGUCACACCGUUUACUUACAGUGGCGGAGCCACUGGGAUCAUGAAAUCUCACGUAGAACUGUCAUGUGACCAGCUCUACCACUCCAACUGCAACGUGAUGCAGCAGCGACGCCAAGAUAUGGUGAAUCGAGAGGCACUGUGUUACACGCGCCUCCAUGAGGCAUCUCUGGAAGCGGAAGCGCUCCGUCUAGAGAACAACGAGCUCCGAUCUUUGAAGCUCCAUCUCAAGAAAGAGCUAGACCAGCUCAUCCGCAACCGCCUAAGCUACGACAGGGCUCUGCUUUGUAAUCUUUUCGUCAGAGAGAAAGGGAAUAACGAGAAUCUAUAG